AUGUUAAGUCCUUUGUCAGUGGCGCUUUUGGCGCUACCGGCGCUUCUCUUGUACCUGUACUCUGCCCUCAGCUAUCGCCGGCUGAAGCAAUACGCCAACUUUCCUCAGCUGAAGCCUUCAAUAGUAUGGGGUCACCUCAAGGCCAUAAACGAACACCACGUGAAGCGCAACGAGAAGGACUCUCAACUCGAUCCCACCAUGGGAGAUAUGCUCGAGGAGAUCGGUAACCCUCCCAUCAUGCUUCUAGACCUUCGUCCAGUCAGCCGGCCCCUACUAGUCAUCCGAAGCCAUGAGAUCGCGGAGCAGGUAUCAAGACAAUCAAAGAUGUGGCCCUACAGCGCACCGAAGUCCGACACCAUGAUGUAUCUCACACCGCUGCUGGGCGAGAAGUCAAUCGUAAUGUCUCAAGGCUCCGGAUGGAAAGACAUGAGAAAGCAUUUCAACCCUGGCUUCGCUCCCCAGCACCUCAUGAGUCUGAUGCCAGUCAUUUUGGAAAAGACUCAGACCUUCCUCGCCAAACUCGACGAACUCGUCAGGACGGGUGAAGAGUUUGAGCUGGAGCCUUUGUGCACUAAUCUUACUUUCGAUAUCAUUGGUGCCGUGACUAUGGAUGUUGAUCUUAACGCACAGCUUCCCGAGGAUCAACAAAUAGAGUUCAUUAAGGGUUACAAGGAGUUUUUAACCUCAUACAGGGAGGGCAGUGGUAUACUGAAGUGGUGGGAGAACCCACAGCUGGGCAGGAAACGAAGGCGACUUGCCAAGUCUUGCAACGUCUUCCUCGAGGAUGUCAUUCGUCGCAAAUUCAACGAUGUGAAGCAGGACAAGGGGUCAUCGAGCCGGAGUAUUCUGGCUCUCAGCUUGAAAGACACGCAGGUCUUGACACAGGAUAUCAUCGACGGGACGAAAGAUCAACUCAAAACUUUCAUGUUCGCAGGGCAUGACACCACCAGCAUCCUUCUCCAAUGGGCCUUUUACGAGUUAUCAAGGACGCCUCGGGCAAUGAAGAGCCUUCGGACUGAGCUAGAGAGCCUCUUCGGCCAGGACUUGAGCCCCGAAGUCGUCCGGGAAGCUCUACUCGCCAGGGGUGAGGAGAUCACCCAGAAGAUGACCUAUACCUCGGCAGUCAUUAAGGAGAUUCUGCGCCUGUACCCACCAGCUGGGACCGCGCGCCUUUGCCCCCCGGGCGCGAACUUUCACUUGCAGUUACCAGACAACAGCAGCCUCUGCGUUGAUGGGAUGGUUCUGUACAACUGUGCCACUCUCAUCCAGCGAGACCCUGACGUCUAUGGAAGCACCAAAGACGAUUUUGUACCCGAGCGAUGGCUCGGGAAUACGGACACGUCAAUGGCAACGAAUGACGACGAGAAGAUGGGCAUUGGCAAAGCUGGCGCGAACGAGAUUCCUGCCGCCGCAUGGAGACCUUUUGAAAGGGGUCCUAGGAACUGCAUCGGACAGGAGCUUGCCAACAUCGAGGCCAGGGUGAUUUUGGCUAGUGUUGUGGGCAAGUAUGUCUUUGAAAAGGUCGGUCUAGGGGAGGCUACGCUGGACGAGAAGGAUCGCCCCAUCAUCAACGAAAAGGGGCAAUACAGGUCCAAUACACAGCUUUACAACACGAGACAAAUUACUGCCCGGCCGGUUGACAAUAUGAGGGUCCGAGUGAAGCACCAGACUAUCGAGGGGUCAGCUUGGCGGGUGGGUCAGUUCGGAGACCAGCGGCAGCGACAGCGACAGCUACCAAAGCUCCCCACAGCAGCGUCAUUGGAGCGCGAGGCACCGACGUCAAUCAACAACCGCCGUUGCGCUCACGCUUGUCGACCUUGCCUUUCUCUCAACUUGCUGUCGCUAGGAGAUGUAGCCAUGGCCUUUCAGUGGAAGGCAUUCGACUUCUUCGACGUCAGCCAGGUCCGGCUCGCCGAUGAGGAGACCCGAGUCUUCUUCGAGAGCAACGAGAUCGCUAGUGUUUGCUCCGGUUCCGACAGUCUAUUCCUCGGUAGCUACGAUGGAUACGUUCGAAUUGUCGGUUCGAGUUGGAAGGUGGUGAAGAGCUUCCAGGCUCACGAGCUCGGGACGAUCACACACAUGCGCCAGAUCGAGGGGACAAGCCUGCUUGUUACUGUCGCUGAAGACCUCAGCAGCGAGCCGGUGUUGAAGAUCUGGGCUCUGGAUAAGCUGGUGAAGAAGACCAAUAUGCCGACUUGUUUAAGCACUUUGCAGAUCAACAAUGGCAGGAAGCAAUUUCCGAUCUCGGCUAUCGAUGUUCUCGACAACCUUACCCAAGUAGCAGUCGGCUUCGCGAACGGCACGGUGACCCUGAUCCGAGGCGACUUGAUCAACGACCUGGGGGCGAAACAAAGGACGGUGCACGACUCAGAAGAACCUAUUACAGGCGUGGAGCUCAUGACGGAUUCCCAAGAUGUCACGACCCUAUUCAUCUCAACAACAGCCCGAAUUCUGAAGCUUGGGAUUUCGAGAAGGGGCCAUAGCUCCCCGCCCAAGACUGUGGAAGACAUGGGAUGUCACGUUGACUGUAUGACGGUUGACAAGAAGACAGGAGACGUGGUAGUCGCCCGAGAGGAUGCCAUCUACACCUACACCUUGGAAGGCAGAGGAGCGCCGCGUGCGUACGAAUCGCCGAAAAGACUAGUUUCGAUCUACCAGGAUUACGUUGCACUGGUAUGCCCACCAUCGGCUUCCACCACCGACAAAGGCAACGACACUAUGCGUCGACGCUUUGGAGGUGGAGGUGGAGCAGCGGAUGCGCUCUUCAACGCAUCAACGUUCAUUCUUCUCGAGCCAGACCUUAGAGUGCUCGGCCACACACAAUCUCUGAUCUCGCCAUUCAAAGCCAUCUUCCAAAUCUGGGGUGAUCUGUUCGUUCUCACACAAGAUGGCAAGGUAAACCGAUACCAUGAAAAGUCACUGCAACAGCGCCUCGAAAUGCUGUACCAGCGCAACAUGUACCCCUUGGCUAUUGAACUGGCACAAAAGUCACGGCUGGAUGCGACACAGCAGAGCGGCAUCUUCCGACGCUUUGGCGACCAUCUGUAUCAAAAAGCUGAUUACGACGGUGCCAUGGUCCAAUACAUCAAGGCGAUCGAUACUACUGAACCAUCACAGGUCAUCAGAAAGUAUCUUGAGCAGCUACAUGAGCAUCGCAAGGCAACGUCUGACCACACAACAUUACUUUUGAACUGCUAUGCGAAGCUCAAAGAUAUCGACAAGUUGGAGGCAUUUAUCAAAUCACCCGGUGAUUUAAAGUUUGACCUCGAGACUGCAAUCACUAUGUGUAGGCAAGGAGGCUACUACGAACAAGCUGCAUAUCUUGCCAAGAAGCACGGCGAAAUCGAACUGGUCGUGGACAUCCUGAUAGAAGACUCCAAAUUGUACAACGAGGCUCUCGAUUUUAUAUGGCAUCAAGACCCGGAAGUGGCAUUCCCUUGCCUCAAGAAGUAUGCCAGAGUUCUCAUCGAGAACUGUCCAAAGGAUGCGACCACAGUCUUCGUGGACUACUACACUGGCAAGUACCGUCCGAGGCUACACUUUGUACCGAUUGAGGACAACGGAGAGGCUGUUGUAGCCGGCGGCAUGGUGGCCGGUGCAGCAAGUGCCGUCCAGAACCUUUCCAACUUUUUACCUCUGCCAUACAUGAACACAUCUUCUCUCCAAAGCCCAUCCACACCGGGCAAUGGAACAGCCAUCAACGGCGAUGCUCAGAUCAUCUUGAACCCCGACGACAUUCCUGCGCCGAAAUACACCCCACCGCCUCCAAGGACUGCUUUCUCAUCCUUCAUCGACCAUCCAGACGAGUUCAUUGUUUUCCUGGAGGCAUGCCUAGAAGACACAGGUCUUAAGGAAAGCGACAGGACAGAUUUGUACACCACACUCUUUGAGAUGUACCUGCACAAGUCAAAUGAGAAGAAAGGGGAGCAGCAUCGAGAAGAGUGGGAGAACAAGGCGAAGAAGCUCAUCGAAGGAGAAGACAUUCCGAUGGAGAGUUCCAAUGUCCUGUUGCUUUCGCACCUUUCUGACUUCAAGGACGGCACAACCUUGGUCAAGGAGCAAUCCGGUUUACUCUUUGACAUUUUCCGAUCGUACACCUCAGCCAAAGAUACCCGCGGAGCCAUCAAAGCCCUUCGAAAGUAUGGCCCCGAAGAACCGCAAUUAUACCCUGCAGCCCUGGCAUACCUGACUUCCGACCCCCGAAUUCUCCGGGAAGCCGGAUCAGAAGAGCUUUCUGCCGUCCUCAACAAAAUUGACAAGGACGGCCUCAUGGCACCGUUGCAGGUCAUCCAGACGCUGGUCGGCCAGUCCGGCUCCUCAGGCGGCGUCGCGACAAUGGGCAUGAUCAAGCCUUACCUCCACGAGACGAUUGAGCGCGAGCGCAAGGAGAUCGCCGCCAACCGGCGCCGCAUCUCGGCCUUCCGCAGCGAGACAGAACAGAAGCGGGCCGAGCUCGCCGACCUCGGCUCCAAGCCGGCCGUGUUCCAGUCGACGCGCUGCGCCGUCUGCACGGCACCCCUCGACCUGCCCGCUGUGCACUUCCUCUGCAAGCACAGCUUCCACCAGCGGUGCCUCCGCACCGAGGGCGAGUGUCCGCAGUGCGCCAACGAUAACGCGACGAUCCGCGCGCUGCGCAAGACGCAGAUUGAGACGGCGGGGAAGCAUGAGCUGUUCAAGGCCGAGUUGGAGCGCAGCGAGGAUCGGUUCGCGACGGUGGCGGAGUGGUUUGGUCGCGGCGUCAUGGGGGCGCCUAAUGCUGACACUGCGUAG